AGAAAAUGUUAAUACGAUGAUGAUGAUGCCUAACUCACAAUGGAAUUUAGCAGAGUUACUUGACGGUUACACAGAUAAGAACGACGUGGUGGAGAAGGAGGAGGAGGAGAAGACGAGUACUACACCAGUAAUCAAGUCAGACGGUGGGAGCAUUGCUUCACCACCACCACCACCACCACCGUGCGAUAGUGUGGAUGACCUGACGGUCGAAACCUGAUAAGGUUAUUUCCCAUUAGACCGCGUACAAUGAUAACACAAAGAAAAUGGAGGGACGAAAUAACCACACACACCAUAUAUAAACGAACACGCUAAACCAUUUAAUCACAUUCACACAUACAACCAAAUCAAAAUGCACUACAGAUAUUCACCACCAUUGCUGCCAAAUUCGCCGCCACCGUUUAGUACCAAUUGGGUGCAUAACGUCGACGAUGAUGAUGACGACAACGGGUCGCCAGUGAUACUACUGAUGAGCGAGGUAGACGCUGCAGCAGCGGAAGCGGUGAGGCGAAUACAGCUGCGAAUAGAGAGGGUGUUCUCGUUAACCGACGUAGUGGAUCUAACGAUGUCUUCGGAGGAGGAGGAGAGCAGAUCGUCGUCCACGUCGAGUGUGAUGGAACUACCCGACAGCGACGCGGAGAGCACAGACGAAGAGACUGAAAGUAGUAGUAGUAGUGCCGACGACGAUGACGAUUAUGAGAGAAAAGAAGAAGAAGAAGAAAAUGACGACGCUAGCAGCAGCAGUGUAGCCACCACAACUGAUCAUGAUACAAACAAAUUCUUGGAAUCAAAGAGGAAUUGCGCUGGAUACGACAAUGCGGGUGUUAUAGCCCAAUGCGCCGGUCCGCAACGGGAUAGGGGGAAAAAACGUGCUGACCAGCUCGCUUGCGGUACCUUGAAAGGUUAA